CCGUCAACCAGUCCCAUCUCGCAAACACGGGACGGAAGUAUUCAAACAUUUUUGGCAGUCGAAAUCCGUUUCUCUCUCCCGUUUUCAGUUUAAUUGUUUGUUAUGAGCCAACCAAACUACACCUACGUUCAGCCGUGUCCGAACCAACCCUAUUGCAAUCAACAACCUGGAUACUAUCCCCAACAACCAAAUUAUUAUCCUCAGCCUCCGCCGCAGACGAUCUAUGUGCAGCAGCCACCACCAAGGAACAAUACGGGACUGUGUGCUGCACUUCUAGCAGGUCUAUGCUGUGGAUGCUGUUUGGAAAAUUGUUGUGAUGAUCUGUGUUGUUGCUGUGAUUGCUAGUUUUGCUCCUUUGAUAUCCUGUCUCUGCUAAGUGAUUCACUUGUCUGAAUAUGUUCUUCAUUUUAAAUCGCGACACUCUUCAAUGUUAGCUUAAAGUGUGGCUUUAUGUCAAAAGUCAAAAAUUGCUUUGAUAAUGGUUAUACUCCUGCUUGAAUCGUCAAAACGCAAUGAAGAGUUCUUUCACA